AUGGUGCUUUACGUUGUCGGCUUGGGUCUAGGAAAUGAAAAAGAUAUUACGGUUCGCGGUUUGGAGAUUGUCAAAUCUUGUGAUCACAUUUUUCUCGAAGCCUACACUUCGAUAUUAGGCGGCGUCCCAAAGGAACGUCUUGAAGAAUUCUAUGGCAAGCCCGUUACCAUCGCCGACCGUGGCAUGUGUGAGAACGACGCGGACGACUUGAUCAUUGAACCCGCCAAGGACAAGAAUGUCUCCUUUUUGGUAGUAGGGGAUCCUGUAUGCGCCACAACACACACGGAUUUGAUUCUGAGAGCGAGAGAAGUCGGCGUCAAGGUCGAAGUGGUACACAAUGCUAGCAUCAUGGGGGCGGCUGGGUCGUGUGGGUUGCAAUUGUACAAUUUUGGACAAACAGUGAGCAUUCCAUUCUUUCGGGAAAACUGGAGGCCUACUUCGUUUUAUCCCAAGAUCAAGUACAAUCGGCUGGGCGGUAUGCACACGUUGUGUCUGCUCGAUAUCAAGGUAAAAGAACCAGAUUUCGACGCCAUGAUGAAGGGAAAGACAAAAUUUCUUCCUCCCAGAUUCAUGUCGGUCAGUACGGCGGCAGAACAAUUGAUUGAAGCGGAAGAAACAACCGAGGAGGAAGCGUACAAUGUGGAAAGUACACUUUGCAUUGGAUUGGCACGAAUGGGACAAGAGACACAAAAGAUGGUGGCUGGAACUUUAAAAGAACUAUCACAGGUGGAUAUGGGCGAACCAUUGCACUCGCUCAUCAUCUGUGGGGAACUACACGACUUGGAGUUUGAAGUGGUCAAGGAAUUCUUAAUAGAAGGUUCCAGUUUCAGCAUGGAGAAACAAGAAUCCUAA